AUGGAAGACGCACGUGAAACAGCAAAGUCGCUCCUGUCUGUUUUGGAAAAUUAUGGACAAGGGGACUACAUCGGAGAGUCUAUCAGUCAGCUAGAACACUCUCUGCAAGCCGCCCACCAAGCUCGACAAGCAGGUGAUUAUGACAACCCCCACCGUAACGAGGCAGCCCGCAUAUUGAUAUUAUAUUCAGGAGCUCGUGACGAACUAGUUCUAGCAGCUUUGCUCCACGAUAUCGGCCAGAUCGUUCCACUUGAGACAACACAAGAAGUUCGCAUGACGCUCAGUGAAGAAGGUACCGAUAACGUGGGACGUAUUGGCCAUGAGGUGAUUGGUGCGCACUACCUACAAUCGCUUGGGUUUAGUGAGACAGUGUGUCGCCUUGUAAAAAGUCAUGUAGCAGCUAAAAGAUAUCUGACGGCUGUCAAUAAAUCGUAUUACAAUUCAUUGUCGAGCGCCUCACAAAGGUCACUAGCAUUCCAAGGAGGCCCUUUCCUCGGUAACGAACUCGAAGCAUUUGAAGGAGAUCCGCUGAGAGAUGAAAUGGUAUCAUUAAGGCUGUGGGACGAUGCGGCCAAAGUGGUUGGUGUUGAGAAGAGUAUACCUCGGGCUCAAGAUUAUCUAGAAAUGAUGGUGUCACAUUUGACUAGAGAAGAAUCUAGUAGUUGA